AGUCCAACCAACGAGUAGAAGAAGGAAAAACAAAAAGGGCAAAAAACGAAACUCGUCAUCUCUAUCUUUCUUUCUCUCUAUCGUUCGUACAACCAAACCCUAAUUUUAACCAGAAGAGAGAGAAACAAGAGAGAGAGAGAGAGUGUGCGAUGGCGGAGCACUUGGCAUCGAUCUUCGGAACAGAGAAAGACAGAGUGAACUGCCCAUUCUACUUCAAGAUCGGAGCCUGCAGACACGGCGACCGUUGUUCUCGCCUUCACACCAAGCCUACCAUCUCCCCCACCCUCGUCCUCUCCAACAUGUACCAGAGGCCUGACAUGAAUCUCAACAUCAUCACGCAGCCGAAUCAGCCGCAGCAUCAGCCUCAGCCUCUUGACCCUGACAAGCUUCAGGAUCAUUUUGAUGAUUUCUAUGAAGAUCUGUUUCAGGAGCUUAGCAAGUAUGGCCAGAUCCAGAGCUUGAAUAUUUGUGACAAUUUGGCUGAUCACAUGGUUGGCAAUGUAUAUGUUCAGUAUAAAGAGGAAGAUCAUGCUGCUAAUGCUCUGAUGAAUCUUACUGGAAGAUUUUAUUCAGGUCGACCCAUCAUUGCCGACUUUUCUCCUGUUACGGAUUUUCGAGAAGCUACUUGUAGGCAGUAUGAGGAAAAUGUAUGCAAUCGAGGUGGCUACUGCAACUUCAUGCACUUAAAGAAAAUUAGCAGGGAUCUGAGAAGGCGGCUCUUUGGAAGAAAUAAGCGGUGGAAUGAUCGCAGGGGAAGUCGGAGCCGGAGCCGUAGUCGGAGCCCUCCGAGGAAUCGGAACUAUGAGGAGCGUCCACAGUUUGGUGGUCGUGGUGGUUCUGGUAGAAGAGAUUUUGACAGGUCUCAUGGCCGCCAUGGUAGGAAGCCUAGAAGCCGUAGUCCUCCUCGAUUUAGAGGAAAAAGAAGUAGAAGUCCUGCAGGCAGGGAUAGGAGCCCCGUCAGAGAAAGUAGUGCAGAAAGGAGGGCUAAAAUUGAGCAAUGGAACAGGGAGAAGGAACAAGAUGACACUGGUCCUAAGAACAAUACUAGCGAUGAUUAUGAUGAACUUGCGCAAAAUGGUAGUGAUUCUGGUAACCAUCAGAUAUAGCAACAGCACUUAUUUGGACCAAAAUGAGAAGAUACCCUGUAAUAAGUGUGGCAAGUGAUCUGGUUUGUGUUUUCACCUUUUGAGUUGGUUUUAGUUGUUACUGUUAUUCUAUUCUGCAUUCUAUUUAGUUAUAGAACUUUGUAAUAUUCCAUAGCAAUGACUUUCAAUUUUCUGUGUCAA